CAGCGAUCAAAUUCAUAUGGGACAACAAUUCAUUGUUAUGUCGAUGACGCGCAGACAAGUGCAACCAAGACAUCAGGAUAUGAUCAAACUAAAAUUUCUCCUUAGCUGUUACUCCCACCCACUGAAUUCCAAUGACUUCCUGUAUUUUCCCCGAAAGACAAAUAAGACUUAAUUUUAGCUAAGCGAAGCAAUAUUCGUGAACGGAGAUAACGGUGAUAUCUUAGGUUUACCGCGAAGAGCACUGAAAAUUUUGUCAUCAUACCUAUAAAUUUAAUCGACCUAAGUAAAAAGAGAUGGUGAAUCCAGAGCCUGAUGUCCCUUCAGAGGAAAUUGUAGAUGUUGGCACAAGGUGUCACAAAAGAGCUAUCACGAUAAGAUACACACCUAGAGGAGGUUAGUUUUUGAAGCAGUUUUGCUUUCCAGAGAGCAUUUUAAGGUUUUAAAUUCAGCUUAGUCUUGUUUAGUUUUCCAAGUGGAUGACGGAGACCUGGUAAAGAAAUCUGUGAGGAUGACAGUCAGGUCUAACAAGGACAAGACUUACACCAUCACUCGUCAUCAAGGAGGAGGUAGAUAAAAAUUCAAAGCUUUGGACCUUUGCUUUAGCCUAAGUUUCAAAUUAAAAACUACAUGUAAUCCGCACAGGAAAAAAACUUCUAUUAAGCUAACGCCUGACCAUAAAACAUAAUUCUACCUAUGAGGUCAAAAUCCACAAGUAGGCAUAAAAAAAUAGCAAAGGCCGACACGAUAAACUAUGGCUAGACUUCACAUCAUCUUAUCAGAUAAACUAGACUUCACAUCAUUUGUAACAAUGCAGGAUUUAAUCUUCAAAAGGUGCAUUACACAACACAUGCAUGGAGGAGUUAUUCCAUGAAUUUUCAACACCACAAUUUUUCAGAUUUCUAACAAGCAUUCAAUAUCAUGAUCUCAAAUAAAUGAUAUAACGAGCAAAACAAUAUUUUUACAGUGUAUAAAGCAAACUCUUGGUUCACGUGGGUAAAACGCCGACAAUGAAUGAGGUAAGACAAUUGAAAUACAGUAAAUGGUGCAUGAAUGAAUUUCCUGUAUAUCCACUUGCCUGUUGUAUCUAAGGGUCGCGCUUUCCAUGACAUUGCACUCGACUAAGCCUCUUACCGCCGAAACAGCUAUAGCAGUUCACCAUCAAUUGAAAGGAGGGAUUAACUCAAAUAAUGCAACAAGACAUCUGUCAUGCUUGCGUCAUGGCACACUUGUACAUAUACCACGUUUAACGCUAAGUCUGCCCCACUAACUAUAGAAAUACUUCCAAUACUUACUUACUUCGCUAAGCGCGCGUAUAUAAUGCUGAAGUUGGCAUUACAGCAAAGCGCGUCCUUCAACAAACCUUUCUAACAAUACAUCAAUAUAUUCCUGACAGGAACUGGAGCGUAACAAGGAAGACCUCAAUGCCAACUGGAAGGCUCAAGAAAAUGAUUCAAUAAGUUCAUUGUUAUAAUUUGCAGUUAUAUAUGACAGAAAUAAAAUACAAGUUCAGAACCUUCAAGACAUGUCCAAGCUCAGCUUCAAAGGCACAUUGUUUAUUACCCACAUCCAUGUAAUUGUUUGUAAAAAAGGCACUGAUCCGUUCAAAAUAGGUUUCGGUUCUCGUUAUAACUGUUGCCCCGCCUACCGGCUGUCAAUGAAAGAUGCAAUUUGAAUAAAAAUAACCUUAUGGAAGCGGGAAGUGAUAUAUAAAAGUGCGCGCGAAAACAGGCAUAACACUAUACGUCUUUUCACCACGGCUUUCAGAAACCAAAAAUGCACGGAAUCCAGAACCGCGAUCCUUACAGGCCCUGCGUAGAGUUAAUGAAUGUUGGCUUAAACCUUCCACAUCUAGGGGGGAGACCAGAUCUAACAGUUGAAUACAAUCCUGCGACAAAAGGUUAUUAUUCAUUUGCAGUUUCGUUUGACCAGCACAAAUUUUAACGAUUAGUGAUACUGAUUAUUAGAGUUCAAAGUCAACAGUGGAGAUGGAGCAGUGAUAAAGUCAGUUGUUGAGGUGACAGUGAAGACCAGUUCAGGUUUUGAAUAUACCAUAACGCGAGACAUUGCAACAGGAG